AUGAGUAUCACCGACCUAAGCAGUGAUCGCACGGCCAGCCACCGCAGCCUGCAGGUCAUCGCGGAGGUCAAGUGUGUUGUGCGUGAGCUCGUGGAGAACGCCAUCGACGCUGGAGCUAACGACAUCGGUGUGUUCAGCCCGUUUGUAUCAACAAUGGCUGCAGUUGUAAAACUUAUCGAUAACGGCACAACUGCUAUCAGAGUUGUUGACAACGGUCAUGGCAUAAAGGAAUCAAAUUUCGAACAGCUUGCCGAUGAGGACAUGGGAUGGGAGUUGAAGUUCAAACCAGACGGGACGCUGCAGGAAAAGAAUAGGGUAGCGACGAAGGUGGGAACGACAGUAACAUGUCGCAAUCUUUUUGAGCCGUACCCUGUUCGGCGCAAUCUGCUGCUCAAAGCCGCAAAAUCACACUUGUCAGGAACCGUUGGAAUCGUGCAGCAAUACGCCUUGAUUCACCCCGAGAUACGCUUUGCAGUCUCUAACGUCUCAUCCUCCAGCUACCAAUUGCAGAGCCUCUUUACAAGUCCGGGAAAUUGCAAAACCAUCCGAGAGGUCUCCGAGCAGAUAUUUGGAUCCAACUUCGUGAAAAACGUUGUUGAUGUUUCUCUCAGCGGUGAUGGGUGGAGCGUUGAGGGGGUUAUCAGCACGCCACAGACGGGGCGACAGAGCAAAGAUAUACAGAUCCUUUUCGUAAACCGACGUCCGGUGGACGAAAUGAAGAAGAUCAAAAGAUGCCUUAAGGACGUACAUCGCCAAUUCUCGAGCAAGAAUAACGUGGCUUAUAUCCUCAAUCUCGCCAUCGAUUGCCACCAAGUCGACGUAAAUUUGGCGCCGGACAAGCGCCGACUAUUCCUGAUGCAGGAGGAAAUUAUAACCCAACAGCUAAAGCAGCGAAUGGUGGAGCUUUAUAUGAUGAAGAUGGCGAAGGGAUCUCUUACAAACGACCCACUUUCGUUGAAGCAGAUGCAGUUCAGCGUCUCAGGUGACCUAGAACAUGACGGCAAGACAGUGUCUCACGGAGCUAGGGCCGAGUCUGUUGGUAGAGAUCGCAGCGUAUAUGAGGCUACACAAAGUGCGCCAAGCAACGACGAGUCCACCGCUGAUGUCAUAUCUUCUCAAGGAAAAAACCAACUGGCAGCACAGGAUGAGGUGGCGUCGCAAACACAGCUUGGGCUAAGUACUGGCAUCUCUCAACAAACAAGUGCUAAACUUACACUUGUGAAAGCGGACGUAUAUGUUGACGGCAACGCAUCUGAGAGCGUGAAUCCCACCAUCAAAGCCCGGGAAACGGUUCGGACUGGAGAGAGCAAUAGUGCAAAACAUUCGCCAGCAUUGAGACCAAAAUCCGUACGUGCGAGGGACACAGAAUCGCAUCAGCAACUGCUUGACUCUUUUAUCAUGCAGCCAAAUAAUAAAACAAAGCCAUCUACGCCACACGUGAGUACCGACGAGUAUGAGAGUGAACCACGGCACGACUACAACGAUGCGACAUCAGUAAAUAGCUACGACGCACAAAAUACAGCUGCAAAGGCUAGUGUACAAAGCAACAUGCCACUCCCUUCGGAAGGGUCGACAGUUGGAACACAGUCAUCUCAGAUCGAAAUGCAUCUCGACACCUCUAACGAUUGCACAGUGAACCAAAGUUCUGGAAUUGCGCGCGGAGACAUUGGAGUAUCACAAUUGCAGCCUGGUGAUGAGGCAAAUGGAGGAGUUUAUGGGCACACUGAGAUGGGCAGCCAAAAAUGCACGCAGGAAAGCGCAAUGCGCUCUGACCCUGAAGUUUUUAAUCAUGGGAACAGUUCACAGGGGCAUGAUGACGUUAAACUGGACGAUAGUGUUAAUAUAUUAUCUCAGGCAGCUGCUACUCAGGAAUCGGUAAGCGACGGCUGCUUCUUCAACGACGACGUUCUUAAAGUGAACAUGUCACGCCUUUACAACGACAACGUGUACACGACCAUCAGUCAGCGCACGUUAAAGAGAAAUAACUACAGUGAGAACGUGCCUAUGCUUAGCGAUUAUGGAAUGAUGGACCCAAACGUAUUUCUGAAAAUGAAGAUAUGCGGCCAAUUCAAUAAUGGGUUCAUAGUCGCAAAAUUAGAGGGUACUGAAUUACACACGGAGGAAAUACAGUACUCGAUAUACCUUAUCGAUCCACACGCAGCAGACGAGAAAACAAAGUUCGAGCAGUACAACGCCAACGUGAAAAUACACAAACAGCCCUUGGUACAGCCACGAAGAGUUGAUCUAUCACCGUUCCAUCAGCAAGUUGUGCUGGCCAACAUAGAGCUGCUGAAAGAGAACGGAUUUGAAGCCUUUUUGGUUCCGAAGACGGAGACAUCUGAUGAACCAAAAGCGGGCGCGCAAGAACCUGGAAUCUAUCUUCGCUCCUUCCCGCAGUUGAUGGGUCAAAUUCUGGGCGAAGAAGAUUUCGUCUCUUUCGUGCAUGAUCUGGCUCAAAACGGCGCCCCAGCCCCUAAGGAUAACAAAUCCAACGAUGCACGGAACUUUCUCUGGGGCAGCAAUACCAUACUGCCACGCCCCAAGCGCAUCUGGAACAUUUUGGCAACCAGGUAUUUUCGUGUUGUCGUUCAUGACGUUGAAUGUAGGGCCUGCAAAAACGCAGUCAAGCUUGGAGAGCCACUUUCGGUUAAGCAGAUGGAAAAGAUUAAGCGUGGACUUGCAAGCCUGAUACACCCAUGGAAUUGUCCACACGGUCGGCCGACAAUGAAGUGUCUGAUUACCACGGAGCAAAUGAAGAAAAUUAUAAACGGCUAG